CGCAUGCGUACAGCAUUCUCUACCAACUUUGUAAUUCACCGGGCUGCUUCUCUGCAAAAUAAAAAUGCUUUCUUCAGCUGUCAGAGGCGCAUUCUGGCGGAUUUCAUCCCAUGGAGGAAGGCGUUUACUGCCUGCAGCUUGUACUGGUCAUGUAAAUAGGUUUAUGUCUAAUGAAGCUUCAUCAGAUAAACAUAUUACAUAUACAGUCAAAGAUGGAGUUGCUAUUGUUAAGUUAGAUACACCAGGAUCCAAGGUCAAUGUGUUAUCAGAAAAGAUGACUAAAGAAUUUGUACAGGUACUGGAUGAAAUAGCAAACAAUCCAGAUGUAAAUAGUUCAGUAUUAUUGUCUGCUAAACCAGGCUGCUGGAUUGCUGGAGCUGAUAUAAACAUGUUGAUGGCUGGAGAAACAGCAGCAGAUAUAGCAGAAAUCUCAGCAAAUGGACAGAAAGUCAUGCAAAGUAUAGAAGACAGUGAAAAACCUAUUGUUGCUGCUAUAAUGGGAACUUGCCUUGGUGGAGGUUUAGAGGUUGCUUUAGGUUGUCAUUAUAGAGUGGCUGUAAAUGAUAGCAAAACUGUUUUAUCUGCACCUGAAGUUAUGUUAGGAUUAUUGCCUGGUGCUGGUGGUACUCAGAGAUUACCCAAGCUAAUUGGACUUCCAGAUUCAUUGGACAUGAUGCUGACUGGAAAGAACAUUCGUGCUGGAAAAGCCAAGAGAAUGGGUUUAGUGGAUAUGAUAGUACAACCCCUUGGUCCUGGACUUCUCCCUCCUGCUGAAAACACUCUCCAUCAUCUUGAAUAUAAUGCUGUAMAAGCCGCCAAGGAUCUUGCAAAAGGGACUCUCAAGCCAAACAGAAAAAGAACAUGGACAAAUAUGAAAGAUAUUACUUACAACCUAACCACAAAUGUGAAUUAUGGAAGAAAUUUUGUAUUAAAAAAAGCACGAGAAACUGUUAUGAAAAAGACUGGUGGUCUUUAUCCAGCUCCUUUGAAGAUUAUUGAUUGUGUACGAGAAGGACUAGAGAAAGGACCGGUCAGAGGUUAUGCCAAAGAAGCYGAGGAAUUUGGUAAUCUCAGUCAAACAACUGAAGCCAAAGCCUUAAUGGGUCUUUUCUUUGGACAAACUGAAUGCAAAAAGAAUAGAUUUGGCAAUCCUGCAAGACCUGUAAAAACUAUAGGAGUUCUUGGUGCUGGAUUGAUGGGGGCAGGAAUAGUCCAGGUCAGCAUYAACAAAGGAGACCAUAUCAUUAUGAAGGACAACCAAAUGGCAGGACUGGCACGAGGAAAGCAGCAAAUAUAUAAGGGAUUGAAUACUAAAGUAAAAAGAAAGGCAAUGACAAGUUUUGAAAGAGAUACCAUAAUGAGUCAAGUUGAUGGUCAGCUGGACUACAMAGGAUUUGAAAAAGCAGACAUGGUCAUUGAAGCUGUUUUUGAAGACAUCAAYAUCAAGCAUAGUGUGAUUAAAGAAGUUGAAGCUGUUAUUCCAGAACACUGCAUUUUUGCAUCAAAUACAUCUGCACUACCUAUUAGUGAGAUUGCAAAAGCAAGCAAAAGACCAGAGAAGAUUAUUGGCAUGCAUUAUUUCUCUCCUGUUGACAAAAUGCCUCUACUUGAGAUCAUCACUACAGACAAAACAUCUGAAGAUACUGCAGCUGCUGCAGUUAGUGUUGGACUUAAGCAAGGAAAGACUGUCAUCGUUGUCAAGGAUGGUCCAGGAUUUUACACYACAAGAAUCUUAGCAUCWGCGCUUGCUGAAGCCAUUGCUUUACUUCAGGAAGGUGUUGGACCAAAGGAACUGGAUAGUCUUAGUAAGAAAUUUGGUUUCCCAGUAGGAAGUGUGACAUUGGCUGAUGAGGUUGGUGUUGAUGUUGCUUGUCACGUUGCUGAAGAUCUCGCAAAGGCUCUUGGUCCAAGAUUGGGUGGAGCUGAUGUUGGUGUACUCAAGACCAUGGUAGAACAAGGAUUACUAGGUAGAAAAUCCUCCCAGGGUUUCUUUACUUACAAGGGAAAACGAACGGUUAACGAAGAAGCUUUAGAAAUCCUUAAAAAGUACAAUGUACCAAAGAAGGGAAGCCAUGAAGCAGAGGAGAUACAAAUGAGACUUGCAGGCCGAUUUAUCAACGAAGCAGCACUUUGUUUACAGGAAGGCAUUCUUCAUAACCCGGUCGAUGGUGACAUUGGUGCAGUGUUUGGCCUCGGUUUUCCUCCUUUCCAUGGCGGUCCAUUCCGCUAUCUUGAUACCUAUGGAGCCGAUAAAUUUGUAACCCGUAUGCAGCAGUUACAACAGACGAUUGGUGAAGUUCAAUUUGAACCGUGUCAGUUACUACUUGACUACGCCAAGGAUCCUACCAAGAAAUUCCACAAGAAAUAAAAAACAAACAUUGGUCAAUACCAUUGUGUAUAAAAUUGGAACUACUUGUUCUUCUUAGUGCAGACUAGUCGCGAGGAAAGCAUUACAAAUGCUCGAUGUAAUUGUAUUAUUAAGGUCGCAAGUUGAAUGAGGUGAAACUAUCGGUUCAACUUGUAUUUUUGAUAUUUUUCGUGAAAGGAAAUAUAUAUACUUAAGUCGACAUUGUGGAAUAAAGUCUUGAUAAUGUUUU